CAAUGGCAAAUGAUACAGUUUCAAAAACUUUAAUAUUCUUCGUAAAUGGAAAAAAGGUAAUUGAAGAGAAUGUGGAUCCAGAUUGGACUUUAUUAUACUACUUACGAAAAAAGUUAAGAUUAUGCGGAACAAAGUAUGGAUGUGGUGAAGGUGGAUGCGGGGCGUGUACGGUAAUGGUAACGAAAUAUCAAAGGAACAAAAAUAUUGUAAUGCAUAUGCCUGUAAAUGCAUGUUUAGCACCGGUUUGUGCUAUGCAUGGUUUAGCUGUAACUACUGUAGAAGGAAUAGGAAGUACAAGAAAUAAACUUCAUCCAGUUCAAGAACGUCUAGCUAAAGCACAUGGCUCCCAAUGUGGAUUUUGUACACCUGGCUUUGUAAUGUCAAUGUAUACGCUCCUACGCAAUAUGCCGAAACCUUCAAUGCAUGAAAUUGAAACCGCAUUUCAAGGAAAUUUAUGUCGAUGUACUGGAUAUCGACCAAUCAUCGAUGGUUAUCAAACAUUUUCUGAAGAAUGGGAAAUUAAACAACGUAAACUGUUAAAUGGUCUUUGUAAUAUGGGUGUAAAUUGUUGUAAAAAUGAUCCUAAACCUGAAAAAUUAUUUGAAACUAGUGAAUUUAAACCAUAUGAUUCUAGUCAAGAACCAAUUUUUCCACCAGAACUAAAAUUAAACUCAAAAUAUGACAAUGAGUACCUUCAAUUUCGAGGAUCAAAUACUUUAUGGAUUCGACCAAGAUCUCUUGAUGAAUUAAUUAAUUUAAAAUCAAAAUAUCCAACUGGAAAACUUUUAGCUGGAAAUACUGAAAUUGGUAUUGAAAAAAAGUUUAAAAAUUGUGUGUAUCCAAUAGUAAUACAUACAGCAUACAUUCCUGAACUCACACAAAUUACGUUGCUGGAAUCUGGAGUACGCGUGGGAGCUUCGACAACAAUUCAAGAUUUAGAAAAUUUUUUAAAAUCGAAUAAAAUUACGAGUCUUCCUGAAUAUAAACAACGCAAUUUAAAUGCAAUUUUAAAAAUGAUGUAUUAUUUUGCGGGUAAACAAAUUCGAAAUGUGGCUUCAAUUGGUGGAAAUUUAAUGACAAGCAGUCCAAUAUCUGAUCUUAAUCCUAUACUUAUGGCCAUCAAUGCUGAAAUUGUAGUUCAGAGUUUACGGCAGGGUGUUCGAAAAUUAAAUGUAAAUGACAUGUUUUUUACAUCGUAUCGAAAAAAUUUAGUCGAAUUCGAUGAAGUUCUAAUUUCUAUACACAUUCCAUUCAAUAACCCACAAGAAUAUAUUUAUGUUUAUAAACAAUCCAAACGAAUUGAUGACGAUAUUGCAAUUGCAAAUGUAGCAAUGUUUUAUGAAAUUGAUGUUGAAAUUUUAAAAGCUAGAAUAGUUUUUGGAGGAAUGGCACCUGUUACCAAGAUGGCUACAAAAACACAAGAAUUAUUAAUCGGACAAAAAUGGGGUAAACAUAUUUUAGACAUCGCUUACGAAAAUUUAUUAGAAGAUUUUCCACUAGCGCAAAAUGCACCGGGUGGGAUGGUUAAUUAUCGAAAAACUUUAAUGUUAAGCUUAUUUUUAAAAGGAUUCUUAAAAAUAAACAAACAACUUAGUGGCAAAGCUACAAACUCCAAUAAAAAAUAUUCACUCUACGAAGCUGCUCAAUAUUUUACUAAAACUACACCAAGUUCUGAAUUUGACACAAUUGGAAAACCAUUGGUCCAUAUGUCAGCGUUUAAACAAGUAGCUGGUACUGCAGUUUAUUGUGAUGAUAUUCCGAGCUAUGAAAAUGAGUUGCACUUGGCGUUUGUUUUGAGUAAACAUGCAAAAGCUCGCAUUCUAAACAUAGACGCAAGUAACGCUUUAAAUUUAUCUGGCGUCCAUGCAUUUCUGUCGGCAAAAGAUAUACCGAAAGAAAAAAACAAAUAUGGACCAAUUAUUCAAGAUCAACCUGUAUUUGCUGAUGAUGUCGUGGAAUAUCAUGGUCAAAUUAUCGGAGCUAUUGUUGCGGAAACGCCUGAGCUGGCACGACAGGCAGUUAAUAUAGUUAAAAUUGAUUACGAAUGUACAGAGAAACCAAUUAUAACACUUGAAGAAGCUAUUGAGAGAAAAGCGUGGCAAAUGGAACCGAAAAUUCUUGAAAAUGGUAAUGUUGAGAGUGUCUUUGAAACGGAUGAUUAUCAAAUAACUGGUGAAUGUAGUAUUGGUGGCCAAGAACAUUUUUAUUUGGAACCAUUAUGUGCAAUUGUGAAUCCCAAUUUAGAUGACAAUGAAAUGGAAAUCUGGUCAACAACUCAACAUCCAGACGGAAUAUCGAUAAGUGUUUCAAAAUUAUUAGACUUACCACAGAAUCGAAUUUAUAGUCGAGUAAAACGUCUGGGUGGUGGUUUUGGUGGAAAAACAUAUCAAACUAAUUUUAACUUCGUUUUACCAAUAGCUCUAGCAGCUUACAAAUUAAAUCGUCCGAUACGUUCAACACUUGAUCGAAGUGAAAAUAUGAAAAUUCUGGGUGGCCGUAAUCCUUGUUUAUAUAAAUAUAAGGCUUCGUUUUCAAAAAGUGGCAAAAUUUCUGGUAUUCAAGUGGAUGUUUAUAUGAACAGCGGAUACAGUGUCGAUAUUACAGCAGCGAUUCUAAUGCAUGCCAUGAAAGUAACAAAUGCUUAUUAUGUACCAAAUAUAAAAGUGAGUGGCUAUGUUUGUAAAACAAAUUUACCAUCAAAUCAAGCAUUCCGUGGUUUUGGAGCACCACAAGGUGUAUUUGCAGCUGAAACAAUCAUUGAACAUAUUGCAACUGUUUUAAAUCUGAAUCCAAUUGAUAUUAUGUAUAAGAAUUUAAUGGCAACUGGUUUAAAAACUAUUUAUCAAGAAGUUGUUACACAUUGUUCAGUAUUAGAAUGUUUAAAUGAAUGUGUUCAAAUGUCCAAUUUUUAUAUUCGUAAAAAAGAUAUUGAACGCUUUAACGGUGAAAACGAAUGGAAAAAACGUGGCAUUAGUAUAACACCAUUACUAUAUUCAAUUGGCUUCGAAUAUCAGUCUUUAAAUCAAGGAGCAGCGUUGGUACACAUUUACAUCGAUGGUUCUGUGUUGGUAUACCAUGGUGGUGUAGAAAUGGGUCAAGGUUUACAUAUAAAAAUGAUUCAAGUUGCUAGUCGUGAGUUAAAUAUUGACCCAAAACAUAUUUAUAUACAAGAAACUAAUACGACCAGUGUACCAAAUUCAACUACCACAGGGGCUAGUCUCAGUACCGAUUUAUAUGGUUUUGCUGUUUUGGAGGCUUGUCAAACAUUAAAUGAACGCCUAAAACCUUACAGAACUAAAAAUUCAAAUGGCACUUGGAUAGAUUGGGUAAAUGAUGCAUAUACAGAUCGUGUUUCAUUAUCAGCAACUGGAUUUUAUAAGAUUGAUGGCAAGGCACCGUUCUAUUGGUCUCAAGGUGCUGCAUGCUCUGAAGUGGAAAUCGAUUGUCUAACCGGUAAUCAUAAAUUAUUACGCACGGAUAUUGUGAUGGACGUUGGUGAAAGUUUGAAUCCAGCUAUUGAUGUUGGACAAAUUGAAGGUGGAUUUAUGCAAGGCUAUGGAUUGUAUACAAUUGAAGAGAAAGUGUUUACACCGGAUGGUGCACUCUUAACAUUUGGACCAAGUACUUAUAAAAUUCCAUCAUUAUCAAACAUUCCGCGAGAAUUUAAUGUAACAUUGAUUAAGGGUGGACCAAAUUUAACAGCUGUAUACUCUUCAAAGGCCAUUGGAGAACCACCAUUGUGUUUAGCCGCAUCAGUAUUUUUUGCAAUUAAAGAUGCCGUGAAAUCAUCGAGAAUUGUAAAUAAUAUCAAUUCAAUAUUCCAAUUGAAUGCACCAGCAACAUGUGAACAGAUCAGAUUAGCUUGUCAAGAUCAAAUUACAUCUAAGAUUAUAUCAUAAAACUUUAACUAACUGUAUUUUAAAUCAGGGUUGUGCAUAUUUACUAUUUUAUGUCGCAUAUAAAUUAACAGACCGGUGUUUCAAAAAAAAAAA